AUGCCUAGUACUAAACAGGUAAGUUACCGCAAUGAUAAGACAGUGUUAGUAAAAGUUUAUGUUGAGAAGCCUAAGAAGAAGAGAUCAUCAUCAAUUCAUCAGUAUCACCAUCAUCAUCACCAUUAUCAUAUUCAUCACACUGUUACACAAGAAGUAAAUGAUGGCUCAAGUAGCAGUAAAGGAUACAAUAGAAAAUCAGGAUUGCUCAUGUACUCACGUCUUCUUCGGAAUUCUGUAAGAGGAGGAACAUCACCAUUCAUGCCAUUACUCCCUAAUUAUUCGGUAAACAAUACUAUCCAACCCACAAAUCAGUUGAAUUCUAUCAAGAAGCAGCCAAAGCAUGAAGGAACGUCAUCUUGCUUUGGAAAUUGGAAAUUUCUAGUUCCAAGCUUCUUAUUAAGAUCAUGGUCAAAUGACCCAAAAAAGGAGAAAAAGAAGAAGCAAGGAAUUUCAGGAAAUGGAUUUGAAAAAUUGCAGGUAAGCAAAGGAAAAUGUUUCGUUGAGAAAGUAUUUUCGACGUGCAGAUGA